AUGAAUGUUCAAAUCAUUCCAUUCCCUGCCGCCGAAGUAGGAUUGCCAGAAGGAGUCGAAAGUGUUGAUGAGAUUCAUUCACCUGAAAUGAUGCCUAAUUUUUUCAAUGCUCUUAACAUGCUUCAACAACCAUUCGAGGAGCUCAUAGAAGCUCUCCACCAGGAUUUUGUCGUCGCUGGCAUGUUCUUACCAUGGGCAACUGAGUCCGCAGCUAAGUUUGGUAUUCCUCAAAUCGUCUUUCACGGGACAAGCUUCUUUGCUCUCAGUGCCGGCGAGAGCUUAAAACUUUACAAACCUUGGGAGGCAAUUCCUACUCAAACUGAUGGGAAGGAUUCCAAAUUUGUGAUCCCUGGUCUUCCUGACAAAAUAGAGAUGACCAUGUCACAAUUGUCCGAGGACUAUAAAGGUGAAACUCUGUUCAGUGAGAUAAAUGAAAAAGUAAGACAAUCUGAGGUAAACAACUACGGAGUCUGGAUUAACAGUUUCUACGAGUUGGAACCAGCUUAUGCUGACCACUGUCCUGGGAAAAAAAGCGUGGCAUAUUGGUCAUGUUUCGCUUCGAAAUAA